AUGCAGAAUAACAAGAGCGUACAAGGCAGCAUCAUCACCGUCAGCCCAUUUGUGCCCAAGAAAAUGCGUCACAAUUCUAGUGAACUAGGAUCUGUGAGAGAAAGCAUUGAUAUGCUACCAGUCCAGCAGCAGCAGCAUCGACCCGUCAGCAUGUACUACAACAGCAAUACAACACCUGCACCUCCUCAGCAGCAUGAAAAAACGAGCCCCAACAUUGAUUACACCAAUCUCUAUAUCAAAAACCUCGACUUGACAGUCGACAGCCCCGAUUUGUUUAGGCAUUUUUAUGAUUGUGGACGUAUCAUCUCGGCACGUGUUAUGAAAAACUCACAAACUAAGCAAUCCAAAGGUUUUGGAUUUGUUAGUUUCAGCAAAGUCGAAGAAGCAUCACGCGCAUUAAAAGAGAAAAACAACACGUACAUCAAGACGAAGCAAAUCAUUGUGGCAUUUCAUGAACCAAAAAAGCCGAGAAACAAGAACACCACCAUCAACGGCAAUACCAAUAAUGGCAGCAGCAAUCUUGAAAAGAGCAACAGCAACAUGAAUGGGCAUUCUUUGUCAUCACCAUCAACACUUCAAACAACCUAUCCACCGCAAUACCGAUCGCAUGAUUUGUUGCGUCGGUAUUCACAACCAGGCAUACCAUCGCAUCCACCACCACCGUACAUGCCUGUAGCCCCAGCUGUUACCGAGUAUGUACCGUAUUCUUCAGCACAACAACCACUUUCACAACCUGAAUAUCAUCAUCAACGAUUAAGUAGCAAUAAUGAUAGUACACGCAAACUCAACACAAAUACCAAUGUCAACAAGCCUUAUCGGCCACCCAUGGUUUUGCAAUCACAGCAGCAGCAACAACAACACCAACAGCAAGCACCUCCACCACCCUCACUUACCACACUUGCAUCUGGUGCAUACAUCAAUAUCCCACCACCUGCAGCUGCAACAACACCUGUACCACAACAGCAACCUUUGCCACCCACAGCCAUUGCCACAACAACAACAACCACUACUACGACCACGAGCAAUAACGCCAUCACCACAAGCGGCAUCAAACGAAUAGGUCCAAUAGUAACACAAGCAACGGCAGCAACGCCACGACCCACAUUAAGACGACGUGGGUCAACUGAAUCUGUUUCAAGCGUUAUGACGGAAACAAGCACCAAUGUUCAAAAACAGCGAUUAGCAAAGGCGGUGGUCAAGUGCGGUGAAAAAGAACAUGUCGAUGACAUCGUUGAUAUGUUGUUGACGCUUAAACGCAAAGAGCGAUCUAUAUGUUUGUUCAAUUCUGAUUAUCUUAAAGAAAAGAUCGCCUUGGCCAAAACAGCGCUUGAGACGUUUCAGGAGGAAGAAGAAGAGGAAGAAGAAAAGAACAAUGACGAUAAAGCAAUGGUACCAAGAAAUCCUCCUAUUGCCACCACACCAUCACCACCAUUAGCAACAAUGAACAACACCAACAAUAACGCAACAACACGAACGCCAACUACAGACACGAGACCCAAGUCGCGUGCCAUACCUAUCGUUGCUCCAGCAUCAUCAUCCACAACUACCAAACCAACAACAACAACAGCUUCACCUUCACCUGGUCCCACGCGUGCUGAAAUUGACCAAUUCCUUGCAUCGAUCGAAAAUCUAACAUCGCAUGAGAAGAAACAAAAACUUGGUGAUCGACUCUUCCCAUGCGUUAAGGCUACUGGCGUCAAACACGCCCCUCGGAUCACUAUUCGCUUGUUGGAUACGGUGCCAUUGAAUGAACUUGCUCACUCCAUGAAUGAUAAGGUGGCUCUUAAAGCCAAGGUAGAUGCUGCUGUCGCGUCCAUGUCUUAA